AUGAUACAAGACAAGAAAGGAAAUUUAAGAAAAAUUAAUAAACUAAGCAAACAAAUACGAGAGCAUAUAAGGAAUGACCAAAGAUCUAAGAGACUAAGAACGUUGGAACAUUACAUAGAAAAAUCUGGUGGCACAAGAAAGGCUCUGAAAGUACUACGAGAGAAAAAUUACUGGAUUCCAAAAUUGAAGAAAGCAGAAAAGAGUUUUACUCAAAGGAAGGACAUUCUAGAGACAACAACAGACUUUUAUAAGACACUUUAUUCCGAUCAAAGUAAACAAAUAAACUAUGAGACAAAUGCAAACAACAAAAACAAAGUGAUAAACCCUUCAGAAUAUAGCACACAAGACAAAGAACUUGAUAUACUACAGUGCGAAGUGGAAAAAGCAAUAAGAAGUCAAUAUCUUCAACAAAAUAGUUAA